UGCACUUUACACUUUUCUGAACUGAAGAAAGACAACAUUCACAUCAGACAACGGGGGAGAUGGGCAUGAAACAUCUAACUUGUUAGUUUAAUUUAAGACGGUUUGUUGUAUAAGGAGAUACACUCAGAACAAACUACACAAGUGGUGGGGAUGGGGAGAAUUAUGGGGUCUCUGCUGAUUGGCUCAGCCCUCUGUAUGGGCGUGGUCAGUCUAACCCUUAGCCACACCUCCAGGGUCAGAGUUCACAAAGGGAGGAGCCUCACACUGCCCUGCAUGAACACAACACAUACAGGAGUGGUCCAGUACUGGCAGACCCCGUUCGGUCGGGUCCUGAGCAGUCUGCAUGCCAACCAGAAGGAUGUGGUUGCUAUGCAACGAGAUGGUAGCCUGCGGAUCCACAUUGCCUCUCCUCACCACAGCGGCCUGUACUACUGCGUCCUACUGGCCGGAGGACAAACUACACUCACAUCCUACCUGCUCUCCCUCAGGACUGCCAGCAGUCGACAGGACCCUGUGCUCGAACCCAGGCGGACGGUCAGGAGUGUUCUGGGUGAUCAUGGAGAUGAGAGGGAUGUUCCCGUGGUUUCUGACGGUGCGUUUGCGGCGGCGGUGACGGCAUCAGUAGUGGUGACGUUCCUGGUGGGGCUCAGCUCUGGAGCUCUGAGCAGGCCUCUACUGGACAGGUGUGUGAAUUGGGUGCGGUCGCUAGGACAGGGACGUCGUAACCAUGGUGAAACAGUCAGCGUGGCAUUCCGGAAGGAUGUGGAACAAGAGGAUGAGGAUGACUCUGCCUCGACGACAAGCGUUACCAUGGAUAAAGUCAGCCCAUCUCCACCGGCCAAACCUCAGAGAAGCUUCAGGGGCAAACGUCAUGAAGAGAACACUGCUUAUCUGGAGGGCUGCGACCAGGGGAGAGGAGAGGAAGGGAGGGAGGGGGGAGGAGAAGAGGGGAUGGAGGUUGGAGACAGCACUGAUGGAAAAGAGAGGAGCAGGAGAGAGGGGGAGGAAGGAAGAAGAGAGAGUGAGGAAGGGAGAGAGGGAGAGGAGGGGAGGACAGAAUGUAAGGAGAGGAGGAAAGAGAGCAAGGGAGAGGUUGAAGAGGGAGGAUCUAGAGGCGAUAGUAGCAGUGAUUCAGAACAAGGGUCUGUUGGGGCGAGACAGGGGGGAGAGGUGAGGCAGGGGGAGGGAGAAGAGAUGUGUUCUCCUCCCCAGCCAGCUAGACGGAGCCGUGUGAUUCGUCUGUACCAGUACGAUGAGGAGGGGCAUCGCUAUGGUCACCUGCCAAACCCCUCCCCCAUGGAAUGUACUUCCCCUGCCCCCCGGGCCAAGCAGCGCUCACUGUCCCUCACCAGGCUCAACACCAUCAUGGCUGCUGCCACCGCCAGCCCCCUUGACCCCCAGAGCCCCCCGGGCAGAGACUCAGACCCUGACGAAAGGGACACAGCCAGUCCAGCCAGCCCAUCCCAGGGCCAGGAGAAACCCGUAUUUCAACUGGAGAUGUGACAUACAAGAUCUGGGCCUGUAUUCAUAAAGCGUCUCAGAGUAGGGCUGCUGAUAAAUGAUCCAGUCCUAACCUGUCCAUAUAAUCUUAAUCAUUACGAAUUAAAAGGCGAAACUGGUUCUAGAUCAGCCCUCCUAGUCUUGAUAGAUGCAGCCCCUGAGCAGAAAGAUCAGGGUCAUGUUCAAUAGGGCAUACAGAGACACGGUACCAAAAUGGUUUGAAACAGAAAAAAUUUUGUAUUUCUUACUGGACAACUUUAACAGGUAGUGCCUCGCCAUUUCACUCCAUUGUAAAACAUUUUCUCAAUCACAAAUUCUCACACACAAAUUCCCAGAAACACUUGAGAUUUUAACUUGUCAUCAAAUCCAGCAGAUUCCAUGAUUAUUUUGUAAAAAGCAAUUGGAAAUAAAACAUUAAAAAUACAUGUUAACUUUG